ACAGACAGACAGACAGACAUGCUUUCCCGAGUACAGAGAUCCUUCAGACCUGUGUCUGUUACACUGAGACGACUCCACCAGUCUGCCCUGGAUGUGGUAGAGCAUCCAGCCCCAGAGGACAGUGUGACGGCCAGUUUUGGCAGGUUCAUCCAGGGUGUACAACUCCACCACCUGACCUCCACCCUGCUCCACCGCAGUAAGAGGAUGGUCCUGGACUCCAUCGGAGUGGGACUACUGGGCAGUACCACACACGUCUUCCAACUGGCCUUGCAACACUGUCAGCACAUGUAUGGUCCUGAUGACAUCUGUAGUGUAUACGGACGCCGAGGAACCAGACUCUCCCCAACCCUGGCUGCCUUCGUCAACGGAGUGGCCGCCCACUCCAUGGACUUUGAUGACACCUGGCACCCUGCCACUCACCCGUCGGGGGCAGUCCUUCCUGCCCUGCUGGCGGUAUGCGACAUGCUGCCCAAUAACAGCAAGCCUAGUGGGCGGGACUUCCUGCUUGCGUUCAACGUGGGAAUAGAGGUCCAGGGACGACUGAUGAGGUUCUCCAACGAGGCUCACAACAUCCCCAAAAGGUUCCACCCCCCUACUGUUGUGGGUACUCUGGGUAGUGCAGCAGCCUGCGCCCGCCUCCUCUCUCUGGAACGCUCCCAGUGUAGCCACGCCCUGGCCAUCGCUGCCAGCCUAUCAGGAGCCCCCAUGGCCAACGCGGCCACCCAAUCUAAACCCCUCCACAUCGGCAACGCGGCGCGGCUGGGGCUGGAGGCAGCUCUACUGGCCUCUAGAGGUCUGGAGGCCUCACCCAGGGUCCUGGAUGACACCGCCGGGGUGGCAGGGUUCAGCGCCUUCUACGAGGACUACGCCCCACGACCUUUGACCUCCCCAGAGGAGGAGUUGCGGUUCCUCCUGGAGGACCAGGACAUAGCGUUCAAGAGGUUCCCGGCCCACCUGGGGAUGCACUGGGUAGCCGACGCUGCUGCCUCCGUACACAAACUGCUGCUGGGGGAGCAGGGGUCAGAGGUCGUAGGUCAGGUCCAGGACAUCCUUCUCAGGGUUCCCCGCUCCAAGUACAUUGAUCGUCCGUUCCCGGAGUCGGAGCAUGAGGCCAGACACUCCUUCCAGUUCAACGCCUGCUCUGCGCUGCUGGACGGAGAAGUCACCGUGGACUCAUUCUCCCAGGACGCACUGCAGCGCCCCGACCUCCACACCCUGCUGGGGCGUGUCCACGUCGAGCAUCCCCAUGACAACCCCGCUAACUUUGACCGCAUGUACGGCGAGGUGCAGGUGACGCUGGUGGGCGGGGACGUCCUGAAGGGACGCUGUGAUACGUUCUACGGUCACUGGCGUAACCCGUUGACCAAUGAGAGCCUGAGGAAGAAGUUCCGUAGCAACGCGGGGGCGGUCCUUCCCAGAGAGAAGGUGGAGGGUCUGAUAGAGGUCGUAGAGGGAUUAGACAGACUGGAGGACUGCUCUCCUCUGCUGGAGCAGCUGCAGUGAAAACACACACACACACACACACACAGACACACACACACACACACACAGACACACACACACACACACACACACACACACACACACACACACACACACACACACACACACACCUCAUCACAGCACUCCUGACCAGCUGAUGUCUCUGCGUUUUACAACAUCAUGUUAACACUUUAUACUGUGAGCUGAAUUACAAUGAAGAAUCUACUUCCAAUCUGAGGGAAGAGACAUUUAAAUGAUUUAAAGAAUCAAAGCUAAAUGAAGUAUCUACUUCCAAUGAGAGGGAAGAGGGAGAGUGUAUAGGUGAUUAACUUUAGCUAUAAUUUACCAUUUAGCAGACGCUUUUAUCCAAAGCGACUUACAGUCAUGUGUGCAUACAUUGUUACGUAUGGGUGGUCCCGGGGAUCGAACCCACUACCCUGGCAUUACAAGCACCAUGCUCUACCAAUUGAGCUACAGUGGGCCACAUUAAAUGUACAUUAAAUGAUCUAAAACAAUCUAAGCUAAAUGAUGAAGUACUGUACCUUUUACUGUAUCCAUUUAUAUGACUCCAAUAGGGUCACUACGUUCACUACGUUUACUUGACAUUGUACAGUCCUGAGUGGAUGGUGACAAUGACAACAAUUCAUUUGAAGGAUGGG